AAACACCGCCACCAUGAAGCUCUACUACAUUGGUAUCUACAAAAACACCGAGCAGCCUGCGGUGCAGCUCUGCGGUGCCCACGAGCUUAGCGACUUCUCCAGGUUCACACGAGACCAAUACAAGAACUUCAUGACCAUGAUCAGCAGGACUGUCGCAGAGAGGACGAAGCCUGGCCAGAGGCAAAGUGUUGAGGAGCAAGAUUAUAUUAUCCACGCCUAUGCCCGCUCCGAGGGUGUUUGCGGUGUCGUCAUCACCAAGGACUACCCUCCUAUCGCCGCCCACAGUGUCCUUUCCAAGCUCAUGGACCAGUUUCUCUCGGAGAAGCCGGUUGCCACGAUAAACGCCGCCAAGAACGACGGCGACAUCCCUUUCCCGGCCAUCGAGCAGUACCUCCGCGACUACCAAGAUGCCAACAACGCGAGCAGCAUUGCAAAGAUCCAGCAGGAGCUCGACGAGACCAAGAUCGUCCUACACAAGGCUAUUGAUAGCGUUUUGCAACGAGGCGAGAAGCUCGACGACCUGGUUGCCAAGAGUUCCGACCUGAGUGCGCAGAGCAAGAUGUUCUACCAGAGUGCGAAGAAGCAGAACUCGUGCUGCCUGGUUAUGUAAAGAUCGUUCAUCAAUACCAACCAACCGCCCGCGACUGUCUUCGCUUUUAGUCAGCCGCACUGAUAUAUGCCAUCGACCGCAACGUUCCCUUCUAUCAAAAUACACAGAGCGACUGGCCCCUCGUCGUCUCCGAGACACUGGCGGGGGUCUCUUCUAAUUCAGCUCUUGGUUUCCGCGCAGGUUGCAGUUUGGCUACUGACGACAGAGGGCCUUACAGUAGCCUGUUUGGAUAUGUGAAAGCUACUUACCUUGACGACUUCGUGGGCUUUGAGAAUGCUAAACUUCUGAUUCAACCUGCAAUAUACCCUUUCUUCU